UACAUCGAAAUUCUUCAGCCGAAAGAAACAGAUCAUUGCUGAAUAUAUGUGGCAUGGUCUCAACAGCGUUUUACGUAUUUCCUGGUAAUUGAAGUUAUCGAAAAGCAUCGCUGAAAUGUGAAGUGGCGUAAAAACAUUAGCGAAGACUCUGCAAGUUCUACUGAGUGAACCUGUUAACUGCAUUUCUGGGAUUACAUUUCAUGGCAUUCAACAGUUCAAUAGCUGCAUCGAACUCAUCGGGUUCGAUCACGUUGCACUUCUUCACGGCACAGCAAAGACCCAGUCAAAUUUGUUGAGGAAAUAACCUUACUCUUUUGCAAAGCAAGGCUUUUAGAGUACGGUCAUUCACCCACUGGACCACAAGUGACUACUCGAGUAAACUUCCGUAAGGACAACCGGCUGGUCCGACUACUUACAUUACUCCCUCUCCUGCACAAAUAACUUGUUGCGCACGAACUGCACAGUGCGCUUCUAACGAACUGUAAGUCCCUGCACUUGUCGUAGUUCAACGUUCGUGGAACGUCUCUGGUGCUCUUGAGUGACAUGGCGUCCGCCGAGCUCCACGCCAGGCGACGCAGCUGCGUCGCGUCUCUGACAGCCAAACCGGGUGAAUCUUCGACCACGGGUUCAGCGUCAGCACCCGCGGGCGUCGUCCCCGAAGUCCGGACCACGGGUGUCCUGUUCCACGACAGCCGCCGCAGUAGUUUGUCUCGCCAGAAAAACGAAAGUCACGCCUGGUCCGAUGGCUCCCCGACAAAGACACCGAGUUGGCGACUCCAUCUACAACCAUCCAACAGUGGUUCGCCGUCGCACACGUCAUCAAGUGCUGGGGCUACGCCAACUAAAGUGGCCGAGCCGACGACGUCCACUGCCGGCUCCGGUGGAGACAACAAGACUACCCCUUCUUGGAUGACAAACAGAGGUCACGCCACUGCGUCAGCUGCGACGGCUGCUCUGAACCUGGUGACGUGUCCGGUUCAGCCGUUGCAGAACGGCAAAGCGGAAACGGUCCGGAACUCUCCCAAAGUGAGGCCACGCUUCUCGCCCAACCGGAGUUCGACACCGAGCCGGUCGAGCCGGCAUUCCUUCUCGGUUGACUGCGGUGACGUCAUGCCUGGCAUGAGCCCUCACGGGUCGCUGCGCGGCCGUGGUGCCGGAACCGGAAGCGGCUCCUUCCUCAGCGUGACCGGAUCCCACGGUCAAACCAGCUCCAGCGCCAGCGUCAGCCCCGACGCGUCGGCGACCAACAAGUACCGCCUGGUCGUGCUCGGUGGUCCUCGCGUGGGCAAGUCGGCCAUCGUGCACCGCUUCCUGCACGACAGGUUUCUGCACGACUACAGCGCCACCGUCGAGGAGUUUCACCGCGGCGAGUACGACGUCGGCGGUGGCGCCACCGUCGCGCUCGACAUCCUGGACACGGGCGGGAGUUUCGAGUUUCCCGCCAUGCGGCGCCUCGCUAUCGACUCCGGCGACGCCUUUCUCCUCGUGUACGCGAUCGACGAGCGUGACUCGUUCGAGCUGGUUCGCAAGCUACGCGACGACGUGCUCGCGGCGCGCAAGGCGCCCCCUAUCGUUGUCGUGGGAAACAAGACGGACCUCGAGUCGCAUCGCCAGGUGCAGUCGCAGAUGGUCGAACCGAUCGUCUGCAUUGACUGGGAGCACGGGUGGGUGGAGUGCUCCGCAAAGGACAACACCAACAUCGCCAGAGUCUUCCAGGAGCUGCUGGCUCAGGCGCACUUCAAGAGCAAGGUUGCCAAGGCGACACAGAACCGCCGAAUGUCGCUUCCCGUGAACAGCUUCAGCCGAGACCAGCUCAGUCCGGUGUUCAGGCCCAAGGGCUCACGGAAGAGGACAAGCUGCGCAGUCUCAUAAGCCAACGAUGGGGAAAAAACCACCGACGAAGGCAGCCACAUCAUCCUUACCUGUUUUGCAGCCCAUGUCGGUUGAAUGUUUCCACUGAGAGCAGGCGGAGGGGUUGCAAUGCAUUUCACGGGAUCGGAUGACGCGGAAACCAGGUGUGACCAGCGAAACCAGUGUUCCCUAACCUCUCUACCGUUCCUGCUUUCUUUGCCGUCUUCUGGUGCUCGGUUUAGAGCUUGGGCUACAGUGUAGCGUUGCUUGAAGAGCCAAAUCGUUACUCUCACAAAAAUUUGUUGAAGACUCUAUAGGACGUCUAUAGAUGACUUUCUUUGAAGUGUUUAGAUAGUGAAAAGGCAGCUCUUGAGCUAAUUGGACUCAUGACCUGCCUUAAAGCUUUCGCCUAUCAAUGAAUCUAGACUUUCUGCAAAGAAGGUGUCUGGAAUGUCUCUGUAAGAUCACAAGUAAACCUAAAAAAAUAGAUUCGUUAUGAACUUAAAAGGCCUACCCUUAAAAAAGUCGCUACUGAAAAUCUGCUGCGUUUUUAUUGACAGUUUCUCCGUGCCUGUUUACUUUCUGAUUGGACGGAAUGAAAUAUCAUGCACAACUCUUGCAAGGGUCAGAUUCUGCGGAUUUGGCAUCACCAAAUAAUUAAAUGUGCAAGACUUCAAAACAUGCUACUUCGAUUUUGUCAACAGUCUAUAGAGUGCUGUUUAGAUUAUUUUUAAGGGCUAUUUCGUGUCACGAGUAGGCGUAGCGCCUCUCUCUCGUCGUGUGUGGCGAAUGAAGAGGUGUCGCGCGACUACAACCAGGAAUCUCAUUGAAGUGUUUCUAUUCCCACAUUCAUGUAUCUUGUAUGAAUACAUACUGCACCUUCUUGAAGCUUACUACGGCUACCCCGUUUAACUCAUUCAAGCGGCUACGAACAAGGUCCCAGAAGGAAGAAGUAAUCGUGCCCCAUGCGCCACACCCGCCGUUUCUGAUUGGCUCAUAGCUGUGGGUUGCAGUUGAUGAUGAUGAUGACCUUAAGGUCACUAAGUGUCGGAGCACGGGUGGUGUUUUUGCUUCGCGUUUACCUCACACGUUUGUUGUGGCAGUCUUUACAUCGCUUGUGAUUUUCGUGCGCUUUCGAGUUUGGAUGUACCUCGCGUCCAGCUUCUCUAGCCCACUUUGUGCUAACGUUGUUUUUUUAUGCAUUGUAUUUUCAAACUUCUCUGCGUCAUUUUAUCUCGCUUUCUUAUCUCCCGCGCUCAGAAUACUUGCCUCUCUUCACUAAAAGAAGGAAACGUCGGAGGUAUCCGAUUUAGAAGAAAUAUCAAUUAAACAUCUUUAUCUGAGCUUUGGUGGGUCCCAGUUGGCUGAUAAUCUGGAGAGAGCAACCGAAAUAUAAGAACAAAUUUAACAGCAAUUUUGACGUAGCUUGGAAGCACCUCUUGGCACAGAGGUAC